AAAAUGAGACCUCCGUAGAUCAUUAAACCAUCUAAAAUUUGGUAAUGAUGUAGAUACAACGCUUCUUUAUGACUUGGAUGCUCCAAAAUAUAGAAAUAAUUCCAGCUCAGUAAAAUGGGAAGUCAUAGGAAAAACUACUUAGAAAAUAAUUGAAACUCAGCAAAUCAAAAGGUAACAUGCUUAAAAAAGUACGGUCAAGCACAACGUCUAUUAUUCCGACAAGCAAAUCUACACCAGCCUUAGAUAAUCUAAAUAAAUCAAAGCUCAAUGGAGAGAAUGAGCUUUCAGUGGAUAUAUCAUCAAAUAUGGGAAAAGGACAAAACUAUGAAAUUGAACGGGGUUCACAGGAUGAUAACAUGAACUGUUUACCACCCAGUCCAUCUUCAUUGAGUAGAAGAAGGAUAUCGUCAUGCCAGGCUCUCAAGAGUGCUGUUGCCACAUUGUAUCGCAUGGAUGAUUUUACGACUGAAGAACUUGGUUCAGGAUUUUUUUCGGAAGUGUUUAAGGUGACACAUCGUACAACGAAGGAGGUGAUGGUCUUAAAGCUGAACAUAUCUCCGAGUAACAAACCUAAUGUACUGAGGGAGGUGCAGCUCAUGAACAAACUCAACCAUCCGAACAUUCUCAAAUUUAAAGGUGUUUGUGUACAUGAAGGACAGCUCCAUGCUUUAACUGAGUAUAUCAAUGAAGGAAGCUUGGAGCAGUUGCUAGGCAAUAAGAGGUUGGAUCUAUCGUGGUCCGUGCGAGUCCAGCUGGCUCUGGACAUGGCUAAAGGCAUGCGGUAUCUUCACCACAGGGGUGUCUUUCACAGAGACUUUACUUCCAAGAAUGUGUUAAUCAACAAAGAGGACGGCAAGUACAGUGCAGUGGUGGGUGAUUUUGGCCUGGCUGCUCGUAUACCUGACCCCCUUGACAACAGCAAGAAAUUGCCAAUAGUCGGCUCCCCCUAUUGGAUGUCCCCAGAGUGUCUGAAUGACAAGAGAUAUGAUGAAAGGGCUGAUGUAUUUUCUUUUGGCAUUAUACUGUGUGAGAUUAUAGCUAGGAUAGAAGCAGAUCCUGAUCAACUACCUAGAACCAAGAAUUUCGGCCUGGAUUACGUGGCAUUUAGUAAAAUGGUAGAAAAAUCUUGUCCUCCUGUGGACUUCUUACAACUGGCCUUUAGGUGCUGUCAGGUGGAUCCCAAGAAGAGACCAUCGUUUUCAGAGGUUGUUCCACAGUUAGUGCAAGUCCAACAAAACCUGUUCAAACAACUAGUCCUAGCAGAUAUCUGCAACCUUAGUCUGAGUGAUAAUGACAUGGUUAUACUCAAUAAUAGAGUACAAGAACCAACAACUGUUGAUGUGACUGCAAACACACUGGAGACAUCUAUACCAAUACCUAUACAUCAUAUGGCAUCAAGAGACGCCCCAGAGGAACAAGAUAUGAGCUCAACACUUGUGUCCAGUAUUCCCGCAACACCUAGUCUCCUUGCUACUAUCAUGAGGCACGAUGAUCCCUUCUACACACCAACUAUACCAAAUCCAUUCAGAACUCUCAACUCUGUGUUCCAAGAAGGACAGAAAAUAAUAGGUCCUCCAAUUUUGACAAUGUCUUUCGAGGAUUUAGCGUCACCAUCUAUAUGUAGUACUCCUCCGGGAAGUCAGAGUGAUUUUUUGGCCUGGAGUGAGCAGUUGUGUGCGAGUAUGAGACUUAGUAGAUCUCUACCUUCAUCUCCGACUCUCCUCAGGCGAACAUUUGAACAAUUUAGUCAGGAACAAGAGGAGUACGCCCGCAAUAUUGACUUUCCUUUAAAACAGCGUACAACCAGUGAUACCUCAGCCAUGAAAAAACUAGUGUUCGAGGACCCAGGUGAUACCUCAAACAUGAAAAGACUAGUGCAUGAAGAUUUAUGCGAUGGCGAGUUAAGUGAUAGCUCAAGUAGUACAGACAGUGCUGUAGAGCUUGUCAGCCAGACCUCAUCUUUCAAACAUACUCUAGCACAUCGACUUGCUCAUGGACAGUGUCGCAAGUCAUUUCAAAUGGGUAGUGCUGGCGAUAAAUAUCAGAACAUAUCAGAGAGUAAAAUGAGGUAUUUUGACCCAUAUUUUCCGGGAGAAUGGUGUGUGAAGGAACAUUUAACAGUAGAUGAUAGAGGUGACAUGCCCAGGUCUUAUAGUUCCUCAGAGUCUUGUAUGUCAUACGAUGAAAGUGGUGCAUUAUCACCCACCAGCUCUUUAUCGAGCUAUGAGGAUGCAGAUAGUCUUCACUCCUCAAACACAGACUCACCAGAAAAACGCCCAAGAUCUAUGGACAUGUCCCGUUUGCGAUCAGAAUUUAUUGAAAAGCGAGCAGUAUCCUUUGAUCGCGGUGGGCUAGGUGCAAUUGAAUUGUCAAAGAAUAGCAGAUACAGGGCCCAGGCUAUACAAGGGGCAAGUAUGGAAUACAUGAAUCGCCAUAAACCAAUUAAUUCAGAAUUAUGGCCAAGCAGACAACAAAUUGGCCUCAUUCGCCCGUCAUUUGUGCAUGAGAAAGUGAAAAAGUGGGAACUGAGACAGAAAGAAAAGGAAACGAAUCCAAAUAAAAAGUGCAGUGUAACUGUGAAAUUUAGUUUGAAGAAUACAGGAGUGAAAGAUACUAAGAUUAAAUUAGAGGAAAAGUCUUCGCAGUAGAGCUCAGAAUAUAAAGAGCAACAAGAAUGAGAUUGUUAAUGAAAUAAAGUGUUGUAUUAGUAUAUACAGUUCAUGUACAGCCAAUCUAUGCUAUAUCAUUCAGUAUGUCUAAGAUGAAUUACAUGUACGUCUCAAUUUAAAUCAAGUUUAGAUUUUAUUCAGAGAAAAUUUCUUAAAUUGUUGCUUGGUGCCAGAAGGCAAUACUAUCAGUACAUAUACGGGUUAGUGGAUUUUGUUCGUUGAACAAAUAAGUGAAUGAAGAGUAUAUAUUUUUGUGAUGAUCUUAUGCAAUCUAAUUGUAAUGUUAAGGAAAUUCUUAUUAUUUUCUUUUAAUUUCAGUCACUGAAAAAGUCAAUGACAUCUCCUAAUUAAAAUCCUAAUUUAGUCAUAAUGUUUAUUUGUUUAAUUUUCUGUUAGUUAUAUUUAAAAUUUCUGAAUUACUUUCAAAUUAUUGUUUUAAACAGAGUUAACAUUUUUGAUCAAAAUGUUGAAAAUCAAAUAUUAUUCAGUAUUUAUUUACUUCAGCAUAAUUUGUUAAUAUUAUUACGAAAUGAUAAAUGAAUCCAUCCAAUACAGCGAUGCAAACAACUAGAUGCAAGUUCAAUAUUAACAUAUUAUAAAAAUGGUGCUUAAAGGUAUGAUGUGUUUGGGGAGUGCUCAAAUCACAAUGUUAUAUAAAAUAGAAUACCAUGAAGUUCAGUGUACAAAGUUGAUAAGGCUGUUUUGAUCAAAGCCUAUUACAGCCAAUGAUAUCAAUUGAUUUGUCACAAAUUGUCACAAACAAUAUACAAAAAAUAUACAUGUAAUGAAUUCAAAUUUCAACGUUAUCAGCACCUCACCAUGGUGGCUCUUUUGUCAGGAGAUCUGUUUAAGGAACAAAAUGGCUGCAGGCUCAUGUUAUGCUCAUACAUGAAUUUUCUCUUAUCAUCAUUAAGCAAGAUAUAGUUGAAAUAUUCAUUACAAUUUUGUAUUCACUAAAGCAUAUUCUGCUUUUAAUAUAAAUCCAAACUUUGAAACUUUGAGAAUAGCUUGUAAGAUGGUAACAUGGUAACAUGGUAAGAUGGAUUUUCUUGCUUCAAGUCCCUCUCUUUUUUUGGGUUGAUCAUAAAGAAAAUAUUUCGGAAGAAGCAUAUCUGGGCUUGCCGCUAGGUUGUUAUGGAAACAGAUUUGUUGUCUGAUCUUCUGAUAAGAAUUGCAUAAAUAAGUUUAAACACAGAAUAUUUUGAAUAUUAAUUAUUAGUUAUUUUAAUGUACAUAAACUAUAGUACUGUAUAUGUACAAAUUGUACAUUGAAGUCAAGAUAUCAAGGGUGCCUGUAUGUUCAAUAUCAACAGAUGUCUUUUGUUAAAUGAAAAAAAACAUUUCAUCGCACAUAUCCUGCGAUCAAGUUGUAUCACCCCUAUGAAGCCAUUUUUGUAAGAAAUUACAAAUGCAAUGCUUUAUUUUAAUUUACACCAGUGAACCACUAUAAUUGAUUUAUUAUUUUGUUUACCAUUUUCAGGUUUUCCAUGGUUUCCAUGUUAACCCCUUUGAAAAUUUAAAUGGCUUCAGGGGUGAUGAUAAAAAAAUACAAAAUUCAUGACAUAUAUUUUUGGUUGGAAAACAUUCAAUAUUCGCCCUUAUCCUGAAUAUAGAGGAAAUCUAUAAAGGAUGAUUUCAUUUGAUUUAUGGCUGUUUAGGCAUUAAAACUAGAUACUGUCAAAUUGACAGACUUUGAGUUACAAGUGCACUGUGGAGGAACUCUUCAAAAUGUUACUUAAACGGAUCCAUUUAAGUUCCGAAAACGAACGUUGAAAACGGUUAAACAUCUGCACUUUUAACCGUUCCGUUUUCGUAAUAAUAGUAGUGAGGAAUAAUUAUGAUCUAUCUUACCGCCUUGUGAACUAUUCGUUCACAAAUUAUUAGAUUUUCAUUAACACAUGAUGCUUACGCAUAUUUGUACCAAAGCGG